UUGACAGAUGUUUGGAUAAAGCUGCUGUGAACAUUCCUAUGCAAAUCUUUGUAUGGACAAUUUUUUUUCUUCUUGGAUAAAUGCUUAGGGGUAGAGUGACUGGAUUGUAUAGAGGAUAUGACUUCAAUUAAAAGAAAACCCAGCUUUAUUGAGGUGUAAUUUACAUACCACAAAAUUCAAUCAUUUAAGCAAGUUUACAAAGUCGUGCAGCCUUCACCACAAUCCAAUUUUAGAACAUGUCCAUCACCCCAAAAUGAUCCCUCUCUCCCUUUCUCUUUCUCCUUUCCUUUUUUCCCCUUCCUUCCUCCCUCCUAUCCUUUCUUCCUUUCUCUCUGUUAAUUUGCUGAAUCAAGCUGAUUAGUUUAAAAAUGCUCUGAGCAAGUCACUUCAUCUUUUAUGGCUUCAUUUUUGUUUUCGCUGUAAAAUGGGGCUGGCAUGCUCUGGCCUAUAGAAAAUACCUGGAACAUAGCACUCCGCAUACAUUAUAGGUAUCUAUAUUCGUGCUAAUUUACUCCCUUUCCUCCAGGCAAGGACCCCUCUUCAUUCUUCUCUGCCCCCCCAAUGCCUAGUACAGUGCCUCUUAGCACAAAGUAGGCACGAUAAAUACCGGAAAGAAAGUAUGGAAGAAUGGGUCUCCAGCCACCGCCUACCCCAGCCCCGCCUGGCAUCCCUCAGCAGAAUUCUCCUUAGCAGGAGCAGCUCCGGGUCCAGACUUCGAAACUGCCCCAGCCAAACCCCCGCGAGUUCGGUCACCCCAUCCUGACCAAUCGGAGCUCGCCCUCCGGGAGCCCGCACCAGACCGAUAGUCGACGUCCAGUACACGACCUUGGAAAUUGACCAAUCAGCUAUUGAGUCCCUCUGUUAGUCCCGCCCCAAUGUUGAAACUGCCGCUUCGGAACGCCGAGUAACGUUCGCAGGAGCGUCCGACUCCUCCCGCAAUCUGGCCAAUCAGGACGGCCAGAUCUGGCUCCGCCCCCAGCGGCAGCGACGCGUGGGGCGAGAAGGGCGGGACUACGGGCUGCGAAAGCGGCGUCAGGCUUGCGGGUUUCCAGGUUUCCAGGAGGUAGAAGAGCUGGGCCUGGUUCCUGGCCCGGAGGGGGCUCCGCAGCCCAGGAGGAAGCCUCACGAUAACGCCUGGGAUGGUGGAGACCAAGGACUCGGUGCAGCUCCGGCAGCUCAAUCUGGUGCUCCUGAGGCAGCUGUGGGUCGGGCAAGAUGCUGUGCGGCGGUCGGUGGCCAAGGCAGCCUCAGGGUCAACCCGGGACUCCAGCAGCAGCUGUGACUCCCUGACUCCAUCGUCCCAGGAGACGUCCUCGGUGGCCCCGAGAGCCUCCAGCCUUCAGGGUGCCCACCAGGGUGGCCCCUGUGAUAUGUCCUGGGCUGGCGGGGCCAGCUCUGGAGUGAUGUCUCUCCCACCUGCCGCAUACCGACGCCGGCCGUCCCUGGGUUCACUGAGGCCCUGCUCGGCACCCUUACUGGCCAUCUCAGACCCGGAUGGCACGGAGCUUUCAGGAGAGCCGGACAGGCCGGGGCCUCAGGAGGCCCAGGCCCAGAGGUCCAUCCUGGAUCAACAAAGCAGGCCGUCCAAGCCAAGAGUGACCUUCGGUGAUGAGUCUUCAGUGCCUGACAGGAGCUGGCGCCUCAGACCAUACUUGGGCUACGACUGGAUCGCAGGGUCUCUGGACAACACCUCACCCAUCACCAGCAAGCCCGAGGCCUUCUUCUCGAAGCUGCAGGAUUUCCGGGAAGCCAACAAGGAGGAGUGUAUUCACAGUGACCCCGAAUCCCGGUCCCUCAGCCUCCGGGAGAGCAGCAGGGUGGACCACGACCACGAAUGCGUGUACUGUUACCGUGUCAACCGGCGCCUGUUUCUGGUGCCUUCAGAUCCUGGCUCCCCCUGCCGCCUGUGCAGGACACCUCGGGACCAGCGGGGCCCCGAGACCCUGGUGGAGCCCGCGCAGGUCAGGGUGAGCAUCCCGCUGUCUGUCCUGGACCCUCCGCACCGGCACCGCGUCCACCGACGGAAGAGCUUCGAUGCUUCUGACACGCUGGCCCUGCCCCGGCACUGCCUGAUGGGCUGGGACAUUCUCCCUCCGAAGCCCGAGAAAAGCUCAGCUCCCAAGAGCCUGGACCUUUGGUCCUGUGUCUCCUCCGAGGCCCAGCACCGGAAGCUAUCAGCUGCCCGCCUGGCCCAGCCAACACGAGUCCCACCCUCCACCCCAUUCCGGUCACGACUCCAGCCGAAGCCCUGAGGACUGGCCACCCGGAGGAGGACAGAGCCCCUGCCAUCCCCCCUAACCCCUCUCUGGCAGGGCACCCACCAGAGGGGAGCCCUGCCUGGCUUCAGCUGGAGGUGAACGUAAUCCCCACUCUCUUGGGUUGAGCAGGUGGAUGGGCUCAGGCCCUUCUCCUUCCUGGAGACAGAGGUGGGGACCCCAGGGUUGGGGGGCGCGGGUGAAAGAGGAUGGGGUGACAUGUUUGUAAAUAAAGCUCAGUGCCGUCUGCAGCACCAGAUUUCCCACAUGUGCUGGGUCCGCCCUGCUGAUGCCCUCAGUGCCCAGGAGGUGCUCUGGCGGCAGCCUGUUCCCUUGCCUGGGGAAAGACACGUCUGACAACCUGUACUGGGCCGAGGGGAUCCAGUGCCCUGAGUUUGGUUCUCGGUGCAGCUUCCAACUCUGGGUAGAUGGCCUCCCGGGUGGGAGGGAGGCGCUCCGGGCCCCAGACUGUCUCCUGUGGAUGAGGCUGAAGCUGUGGACCAUGAGUGAGUUCUCCCCUUCCUGGUCUCUGAAGCUGGGGUCCGUUGACAGAGGGCUUCUCUUAAAGUCCCUGGGCCAGUGGCUCCUCGACUGCUCUCCCCAGCCCAGCCCGAGAAGCCACAGGGGACCCAGAGCUGCCGCAGGCACAGAUGGGGAAGCCGAGAGCCAGGCAGGGCUGGCAGUGAGUACAGAUGUCCCCCCCUCGUGGCUUAACAGCCAGUGUCUGUCUUCCCCCCAUAGGUUGAACGAUAUAAAAUUCCUGGUUUUGUAAGAUGAACAUGAAAUAAAAGGGGAACUGAAGCCCCAAGGAGGCACGUGGUUUUUCUGAGGUUUCUCCACUUUGAGGGCUGGAACUAGGGUUGUGGUCUCCUGUGGCUUCCACAGGAAGCCGUCAUGGCUGUGACGCCGGGAAAGCCUGGUCCCCCCCCCCCCCCCCCCCCGUGUGGCUCACAACACACGUGUUAAUCAGGGUGAGGGAGGUUCUGCCGCAGUAACUGAUGAAUCCCCAGCUCUCAGUGGCCGGCCUCUGUGGGUUCCAGUUUCUCCACAUCCUCGCCAACCCUCCUUU